AUGCAACCAAUUUCUAGAGUUGACUGGGACAAAGGUGAUAAUGAUGGGCUUGUCACUGUCGGUUCCCAUAACCUCUACCUGUCCGUUUCGGGGCCAGAUCGCAAGCCUGGAGAGCCUAUCGUUGUUCUCAUGCAAGGCCUUGGCAGCACGGUCGAUGAGUGGAUUGCAGUGCGAAAGCUUGUGGUUCCAUUUGCUCGUUGGUUGAACUAUGAUCGUUCAGGGUUGGGUAGGAGUGAAGGUCCCAACCAAACACCACCAAGCAUAUCUGCAGCAUCAGUCGCAGCAGAUCUUGAUACACUUCUAAGAAACGCCAGUAUUGAGCCUCCGUUUAUCAUUGUCGCCCACUCAUGGGGAGGCUACACUUCUCGCGAGUUUCUGGAACUCAGGCCCAAUGAUGUCGUGGGCAUGGUGUUCGUGGAUUGCAAUACUGAACGUUUAUUUGACAGUGGUGCGUGGGGUUGGGACGUUUUCGGUCCAGUCCUCGGUGACCAAGACUUUGUUGAAACCACCGGUCUUGCAACGUCCCAUGUCCUAUCCGAGGAGGAGUGGAAAGCCGUCAGAGACCAGCAGGCUAAUCCCCGACAUGGACCUACCGAGGCUGCUGAGUUGCAGGCGGUGCCGAAUAACAGACGGGCAUUGGCCCACAAGAAUCAACUUGAAAAGCUACUUCUCAAGGAUUAUCCGGUCAGUGUCAUCAUUGCGGAUACACCUAAAGAUUUCCAGAAAAUGUAUGACUUUGGAGUGGCCGCAGGCAAUGGAACCGAACAAGAACGAGCUCUGUUUCGAAAAUGUCUCGAUAGAUGGCGCGAGAUGAAUGAGGACUGGCAAAGAGAUCUUUUGAGGCUUUCUCGUCUCAGCAGAUCUUCAAAAGUGGCUGCCGCAGCUCGACCGGUCCUUGUCUCAAGCUGCCCCGCAUUAACUUGCAGGGAUGGAGGAUUACCUCUAAACCCAAUACCCAAUAUGGCGGGUCUUGCUGUGCCGCACAGUUCCCUGCGUGCCGCGCUCGGAUUCGCUACGCUUUCGCACUAUACAAUGGAUAUCGUCACCAUCCCGGACACGCCGCUACAGCAUAGUCUCCUGCGCAGGAUUUUUGGACCACUUGACAUGUCGACUUCGGUUACAGCUCGGUGA